AUGAAUAUAUCUGACUCCGAAGAUGAAAUUCUGGUGGACUAUGCUAUGAUUUCAAAUAAUAAAUUGAAAGAGCGACUAUCAAAGUUUCUGCCUACCAGACGCAAAGAGGUCGAAGAAAGAGUCAGUAAAGAGCUUGGAUUCAAUACGCAAGAAGACUUUUGGAACAAACUUGUUGAUGGAAACGGAAAUGGAAACGGAAACGCAAAUGGUAGUGAAGGUGGCAAUACCACUACCACUGCAACUAGUAAUAUCCCCGAUACAGAAUUCAUCGAGGAGGAAAACAAAAAUCACUUAAAUGCUUACAUCAAUUGUAUGAGCACGCGAAGAAAUCUAAGGAGACGAAACUUUGCCAGCACUCAUCCCUAUUUAUCUGAUCAAGCUUACUACUUGGGUCUUUCAAACAUUGAUUACCUUAAUGAGCUAUACGAAGAGAAUGAUCACGACAUAGAAGCUAUAGUAAAACUCCUAAACUACAAUUAUAUUACCCUAAAAAAGAAAUAUCCCAAGGAUGAAAAGUAUAAGCAAAAGAGUUUUUUUUCCAUUUUAGGCAUGCAGACCAAAUCGAGUGGAAACGACAAAGAUGAAAGUAAUACUUUUUCAGAAGAGACCAAGGAUUUGCACUACGAGCAGCCUGCGCUAGAUAAUGAUGAAUUUACACCGUCUAGUCUCUCAACAAGUCAAGUAGUAGAUUAUUCGGACGUGGAUAUGAAUAAAAGCGAAGGUGAAAGCGAAAGUGAUGAUGAUGAUGAUGAUGAUGAUGAUGAUGAUGAAGAAGAAGAAGAAGAUGAUGAUAAGGAGGAGGGGGAGGUAUAUGUUCGAGUUGGAGGUCGGUACAAGAAGGAAAAAUUCGCGUUGAAGGGGGUUUUACCUGAGUCUGCAAAACAUCUACCAAUUUAUAAACCUUUGAGAAGGACCAAAAUAGCCAGAGAGAAACCAGAGAAGCGGAAAGGUUUAGCCAUUAAGAAAAAGCAUCGUACCAGAAAUUUCAACCCCAGAGAUUUCGAUACAGAUUUUGUGGAUGAUACAGUUGUAGAAUAUGAAUGGCCUAGUGUUGUUGGACCUGUGGUUUCAAAUGACGAAGCUCUGUCUGCAAUCGAGCAACCGGGUUCCAAGGCUUCAUUGCAAUUGUCCGUUUCGUAUUCAGACAGUUGCUCCCUAUCAAGUGCCGAAUCCGACCUUUUUGAAUCGGACAUUGAGUCAAGACCCAACACUUUUCCUGUUGAAGAGGAUACAUUAUCGGAAGCAGAAGAGGAGGACAAAAUUGACCGAAUGUUGGUGGUGGAGGAAAGACGUACACAAAAGGAAAACUCUAUCAAGAGUCGACGACGUCCUUCUAAUCGUAAGCAUCAUCUGGCGGCACGAUCCGAUUCGAAAUAUAAAAGAGUCACUAAUCGUGAAAAGAAACAGUCCCAAAUAGUCACAAAAACGAAACGUCGACCGGGAAACUCUAACCGCAGAACUUAUUCGACUCGUGAUACUUAUAGACAGCUCGAGUUAAAAACCAUUAGACCCCGUACAAAAAAUGUUGAAAAUAAGAAAAAAAGGCAAAAAAUUGCCACACACACCAACAAACCAGUUUAUUGGAAGACACUUGAGCACAAUGCAGCAUGGAAUAGAUGUCCAGAAUUAUUUACCACAGUUUUUGAAGCAGAGGGUGAGAAUGUAAACACGACUCACGAACUAAAGAGAAGGUUGAUACAACCUCUGUUUUUUGGUACCACUUCACAACCCAUAUUUGAUUAUGGAUGUAUGAUAAAUGAUAUAAAAUUGACGGAGCUAAGGCACUCGGACAGUGGAAAGACUUUUCACUCCUUUCGAGAUCCUGUUUAUUUGAAACUUACCAAUUGCACCUUGACAUUGUCAUUAUUAAACAUAGCCGAAGCACACAAGCUGAUUGAGCUAGCUUUGCUUCAUUGGGCAAAGAGUAUUAAAACAGGUAAAGAGGAAGUGACGGAGAAUAUGGAAGAAGUGGAAGAGGAGGAGAAGGAGAAGAGGAGGAGGAAACACAGGAACGAAACUUUAUACGAUUUCUUGCGUGGCUUAGUUUCGUGGUAUUUGGUUCUGCAGCAGCCUCCUUCUCCACGUGAAUGGGCUUUGUUUCACAUUAUUGUCACAGCGUUUUUAAAUGACGAUAUUGGUACUCAUGAAGGCUUCUAUUACAUGCCGUAUUUAGCGCUCCUCCAGUACACUAUGACAAUUAUUUCAAAAAUGAAUGGCGAGAGUUGCGACACCUACCCUAUUCUACUGCAAAUGGGCUCUUGGUAUUGGCAACAAUUUUUCUCUUCUUUCAGUGAAGACCGCUUUGAAAAAAUGAACUUUGCAGUUGGUUGUACAUCUCAGAGAGCCGAGUCCUUUUACAUUAUGUGUAUCAUAUUGCAACUAAACAAUCUUUGGUUUCUGUCUAUGAUUGAUGCGUUAGAGGAUACGCGUUACGCUGAUGUGGGAAGUUUAUUGGACGCCGUGUUUCAUGCGUGUCGAAUUACAAAAAAAGGUCACAAUUGGGAACCAUUACAGCUCGUAUUCCAGAAGAUUGAAAAAACAAGCAAUCUGUCUUUGUACUGCCAAUACAUUGAGAUAAUUUACAGGAUAAAUAGAGAACGCGGCUGGCCUGUGAAUGAGAAGAUUAUUCUACAAAUCUAUCGCAAUGUGUCUUUGAGAAAAUUUGCCAAUUUUGAAGAUGAACAAAAUAUUUUACCAGAAUUGUUUGAUCACAUACGGUCUACGGCCGACAUACCCGCAUGUUCAUUUUUUGAUUGUUUUAUGCAGUUAUUGAGUUCCUAUAUAUCUGGCUUGUCGGAUGUCACACACUUGAAAAGAUUGGUUAUCAAGUUAUUUUCAUCCAACGAAGUGCAAUACACAAACUCGCGGCAAGCCCACAAUAGGUUUAUCAACAAAUUCAAUCUCAUUAUUCUACUUUGCCUGAUUACAGCUGUUGAUUUGAGAAACCAAAUCGAUAAUUUGAUGCAGCUGAUUGCUGAUGUAGAUGAUUUUGGUUUUAUCAAACUGGCAGCAAAAGCUAUGCUUAUUGUGCUCAAAAUAACAUUUUCCAAACUGAUGAAAGUUCCAAGGUCGGCCAUGGAGUUUUUGAUUCGAAAAGUGAAUCUGAUGUUUUACACAAAAUCCGGAGUCAAAAAGCUAUGGAAGUUUUUAAUAAAGAGUAUUCGAGCGGUAGUUGAUAAAAACAAGACUGUAGCACUAAUACAGCUACUUCCAUUGGUGAAACAGGUGAAUUUGGAUGAUAUGGAACCCGUUUGCUGUGCCGAUACCAUGGAGUUGUGCUGUCAGAUAUUGCAAGUAUUGGCAAGAGAGAAACUUUCGGUUCAAUCACAUGCACCCUACGUAGAUGUCGUCAAGAGUUGCAGUGAAUAUCAGCUUGAUAUUUUAAGUGCUAGCAUGAGGAAGCUAUCAGCAAGAGGUACUAUUAGAACCAACAAGAGAUUCAUUGAACACUGCAUAAACUUUUGGGUGACAUCGUCAUUUAUCAUUGAUGCAAAUUGGGACAAAUUGAUACUACAGACUUUUCGAUAUAUUGGAAACGAAGAAACGCGAGAAAAGUUUGAAUAUUUCUUUUAUUCUCAAAUCUUAAAAUAUUAUGACAUGCGAGAUUAUGAAGAGAAUAUAGCAAAAGGUGUGAUAAGAAGCUUAUCGCUGUUCACUAUUCCGGAAUAUCUCACAAGCUUGCUCUCCCUGUUGAGCAAAGCAAGGUGGCGACUAUUUUCGUUUCGCGAGCCCGGGUGGUUUUCUCAUCUUGACUCGGGGUCGAGGUAUAAUGUCUUGAUUAAAAUUAUCGGAAAUUACUCAAAGUACUAUAGUGCGGAAAAAGCAGGUGUACUUUUACAUGAGAUGUUACAAACAAUCAAGUUGCAACUAACAAUUCACAUUUCGUCCCUUUGGUAUAAGGAAUUCUGUAUACAAAUUAUAAAGGAAUUACCGAAAUAUGACGUGGGUCGAAAAAUGGAUUCGGUGACAACAAAUGAUGUGGUUUCGAUUUUAGGGUUAAAAGCAGAGGAAGUGAAUCAAAUCAAUUUGAAUAGGUUGACCGUUGAACAGAAAGUUACUAGAGCUCAAAUGGAGUUGGCAAGCAACGUGAAUUUUAAGGACAACAGCCUGAAUCCGUUUUGUGGUUCUAUGGAUCUUAAUGUCUUGUAUUCCCUUAUGCUCUGCUAUACAUCACUGGACUUUAUUGGAAGUUUGGAGUGGAGGACUGUUUUUUUAAUUAUUCAAGUCUUUGUAGAUAAUUGUCUAUCUAUGCUGUGGGACUAUACCAACGAGAUGUUUAUGGGUUUUUUGAAAUUGGUACAAAAGACGUUGUUCAUGGGUCGCGACAUAAGACAAGAUGAAGCGCUCAUUUACUAUAAGAAGAUUCUUCUUACUACAUAUGUCUUCAUUUGUUGGUGUGCUGAGAUUUUAUUUGAAGGAUAUGAAACACCUACAUUUUUUCAUGAGUUAAAAGCUAUAAUGUUUGAUUGCGCACAAUCAAUUGUCAACCUAAGAGGAAAGUUCAACUUUGGGAUCGGCUAUACUGUUAGCCAAUUGAUAGAGGCAACAGAUCAGACAGAAACGGGAUCUGAGGUAUAUGAUUUUGACUCAGAAGUGAAUCAAUUGGAUAUAGACCAAAGUUCUUACUGUCUUGAUUUCGAUUUUCGAUUUUGA